UUCACCGGCGCCAACACUGACAGUGGUACUGUUCCCUGGUCGAAAGUAAUUUUGAAUCGUGCUAGGACGGCUGCCGAUGGCUUGUUGGACAGGAUGACACUCGAUGACGACGGAGAUGAAGAGGACGAUAUCGACCGCAAUAUUGUGAAGGCUGAGCAAAAAGAAGAUAUUCUCUCGUCGCCUGCGCCCUCUAGUCUUUACCAGGUCAACGAACAACGCAUGGAAGAUACGCAACUCAGGUGUUCUACCACUGUGAAGACGGAGACUGUUUACGAUAUCGGGCUACGUUCUUCUGCCUUUAGAACUUCGUCGAGGCGUAGAUUCUGACUAUCUUGGUCGCUCAUCUCUCUUGGCGUCUGGUGUACUGUCUGGCUUUCCAACGUUCCUUGUCAUCGUUACACACUAUUCGGGAUACUCACUUGAUUCGUUCAGGCUCUUGUACUGUGGCUGGCUCGUCGUUUUUAUAACCACCGUCCACAUACUACAUCUAGCCUAUUUUGUCUCUCUCUUUGCCGC